AUGGGACUGUAUCAACCGGCAAAGAAGUUGCAGAUGACCCGUCAAGAUCUUGGGCAUAUAAUACAUCGUUCCGGGGAGCUACACAUCGUGAUGGCCCAAUUUCGGACAAUCGGUUUAUUCAUAGAAAAUAGCGGGCUGGACAUGUGCUUGGUCGAGUCUGAUCUCUAUGGGCCUUCCACUAUGAAGCAGAUUCUCGGUGGGAACCACGUCAAGAGAGGAGCAGCAACGCACAUGGUUAUAUUACAAGCUCUAUUCAGCCUCUACCAGGAAGCAGGAAGCCUUCUUCGUGAGACACCCAGCUGUGUGCACUAUUUUCGAGAAGUCGGCUAACCAGUUAAGCGAUGCGUGUAAAAAAGGCGACAAACAAGAUAUUACCGCAAAGCACGGAGAACUGGCACAGACCAUCACUUCAACAGAGCUUGCGGCAAAGAUGGAGCAAUUUGAUGCAGAUAAUGAGGAUAGUCCACUGUUCAAGUUCACCCGAGGGUACAUCGCAAUGGUUAUGGAGAUGAUGACGUUUAUCAGAGCCGUGCGGACUGGACACUGAGAUCUCCAUUUAGAAGCCUACAGUUAUUUGUGAAGUACUUCUUUGCGCAAGACAUGUUAAACUACGCUCACAUGAUUCCUGUUUACUUGGCAGAGAUGAAGAUAGUAAAGGAGACCGAUCCCGAAAUCUACCAGGAGUUCCAGAAUGGUAACUGGGUGGUGAACAAGAACUCAAUGGUAGCAUUCUGUGCCGUUGGCGCCGACAACGCGCCUGAACACGUCAACAGAUCAAUGAAAGUCUCAGGUGGAUUGAUUGGCAUCACGCUGAACCCUACUGCACGCACGAAGUAUUUUUGA